AAAUAAUCUUGAUCCAAACAAAUAUAUUCUUUAUCGAAGAAGUAAAAACAUAAAAUCUGAUAAUUUAAUUUAUGAUAUUGUUCGAACUGAGAAUAAUUAUAUUUAUCUUAAAACUAAAAGAUCAAAGAAAGAAACCAAAGUUAAAAAAUUAUAUAAUAAACAUGGUGUAAUAUAUUGUAAAUUUCAGAAUAACUAUUUAUAUAUUCAUGAAAAAGAAUUUAUUAAAAAUAUUGAAAGAGAUAAUUGUGAAAAAUGUAAAGAAUUACAUUUUUUAAACGAUUGUGGUAUCUUUAAAAAGGUUUGCUCUUUUAAAAAUUGUAAAAAAUUAAAAGUUUACAAAGAAUUAUUAGAUGUAUUUAAUGAUAAAUCAACAAAAAAUUUUGAUAAUUAUUGUGAACAUAGACUCUGUCAAUGGUGCACUUUAAAAUUUUCAAUUUGA